AUGUGCAAAUGUGAACUUUGCCAGAAGAAACACUUGCAACAGGUGUGGGAAAGAACGAAGUGGAUCAGGAGCUGCAGCAGCUGCUAAUGCUGAGAAAAAAAGACAACUAGGAAUGGAAAUAGGCAAAGCAGCAGCAGAGAAGUCCCAUGGCCUUUUUAGUGCUGAUGACUGGCAGUGUAGCAAAUGUGGAAAUGUGAAUUGGGCCAGACGACAAACCUGCAACAUGUGUAAUGCACCAAAGUUUGGAGACCUGGAAGAGCGCACAGGGUAUGGUGGCGGAUUCAACGAAAGGGAAGGUGUAGAAUACAUCCAUAGAGAUGAGUCAGAUGAUGAAUUUGAUGAAUUUGGACGCAAGAAAAAAAAGUUUCGUACCAGGAAUCAACAGCUUUCAGGAGAUAACAAAAAAGAACCUCCUACUUCAGUUAGAGAUGAUGAUGAGAAAAUGAGGGUGAUGGGAUGAUAUGGAGAUCUUUCCAAAUAUGUAUUUGGGGAAUGCUGAU